AUUAGCUCUGUCGCCAGCGCGGAGAAAAGGAACCAAGGAACAAUCCCCAGCCUUAGAAUCUAGCAGAGGUGGAUACAAGUUACCAUGACAACAGCGCGUUCAGACAUUUUCUGACCACGCGACGCUUGGAAGAAGAAGGAGGCCUGGGCUGCGUGUUGCGUCAUCACUACGCGCUCUGUGUCUUGCUCAGCGUUGCCUUGGAAGGUCCCGGCCGGGCUACCGUCGCCUCCCUCAAAGCAUUAUUUUGUUCUUUUCCACCUUUGUUACAACGAGGAGCCUGCCAGGUCGUAAGUGCGUGCGGGCGGGCGGCGGGCUUCCUCCAGCGGUGCGCCGGCCUGUCAGCUUCCUCCUAGCCCGGGCCUUGCCGCGUCUACUUCCGGGCGGUGCGCCGCUCCCGGCUCGGCCCUUUGUGUCCCCGCGGCGGCCUCGCGAGCUCAGUGGCGGUGGCGGGCGCUCGGUGCGGGCUGCGUGGCGGGAAGGCGGGCGGGCGCGCGCCUCUGCGGCCCGGCUAGUUCAUUGAAAGCUGUCAGCCCCCUCAGGGAGGUGGUUCCUAUCAAUAUGAAUCUUUUCAACUUGGACCGUUUUCGAUUUGAGAAAAGGAUUAAGAUUGAGGAGGCUCCUGAAGCAACCCCUCAGUCCUCCCAGCCCGGUCCUUCGUCACCAAUUUCUCUUAGUGCUGAAGAGGAGAAUGCUGAAGGGGAAGUUAGCAGGGCAAACACCCCAGACUCAGAUGUAACUGAAAAAACAGAAGAUUCUAGUGUUCCAGAACCUCCAGACAGUGAAAGAAAACCAAGUUUAUCAUGUUUCCAAAAUCAAAGAACAGUACAGGAAUAUAUCGAUUUAUCGUCUGAUAGUGAAGAUGUUUCCCCAAAUUGUUCCAGUACCGUUCAAGAGAAAAAAUUCAGCAAAGACACAGUGAUUAUUGUUUCAGAGCCAUCUGAAGAUGAAGAGUCUCAUGAUCUUCCUUCUGGUACACGAAGAAAUGACAUUUCAGAGCUGGAAGACCUUUCGGAAUUGGAAGAUCUUAAAGAUGCAAAGCUUCAGACACUGAAGGAACUGUUUCCACAAAGAAGUGACAGCGAUCUCCUAAAGUUGAUUGAAUCAACAAGCACUAUGGAUGGAGCCAUUGCCGCUGCCCUGCUGAUGUUUGGUGAUGCAGGUGGUGGACCCAGGAAAAGAAAAUUAUCAUCUUCUUCUGAGGAGGGUGAACUUAAUGAUGACCAGUGUUUAAAAAAGUCACGAGGAGAUCGUAGGGAAGAAUCAAAUGAGUCUGCAGAAGCUAGCAGCAACUGGGAAAAGCAAGAAAGUAUUGUGUUGAAAUUGCAAAAGGAAUUCCCUAAUUUUGAUAAACAGGAAUUAAGAGAAGUGCUUAAGGAACACGAGUGGAUGUACACAGAAGCCUUGGCAUCUCUGAAAGUGUUUGCGGAAGAUCAAGAUGUGCAGUGUGCUUCAAAAAGUGAGGUUACAAAUGGAAAAGAAGUUGCAAGGAAUCAAAAUCAUUCUAAAAAUGCAGCUAAAAUAAAGAUGAAACAGAAAAAUUCCAUGAAAUCACAAAAUGGCUUUAACAAGAAACGUAAGAAAAAUGUAUUUAAUCCUAAGAAAGCGGUUGAGGACUCUGAGUACGAUUCAGGUUCUGAUGCUGGGAGCUCACUGGAUGAGGAUUACAGCAGCUGUGAAGAAGUGAUGGAGGAUGGCUAUAAAGGCAAAAUUCUCCACUUCCUGCAAGAUUCUUCGAUUGCUGAACUGACUUUGAUUCCUAAGUGUUCUCAGAAAAAGGCUCAAAAGAUAACAGAACUCCGGCCCUUUACUAAUUGGGAAGCUCUGUUUACAAAGAUGUCCAAAAUCAAUGGCCUAUCUGAAGAUUUGAUAUGGAAUUGCAAAACGGUAAUUCAAGAAAGGGAUGUAGUUAUAAGACUUAUGAACAAAUGUGAAGACAUUUCAAAUAAAUUGACCAAACAAGUUACCAUGCUCACUGGAAAUGGAGGUGGAUGGAACAUAGAACAGCCCUCCCUUCUAAAUCAAAGUUUGUCACUCAAGCCCUAUCAGAAGGUUGGUUUGAAUUGGCUGGCAUUGGUACAUAAACAUGGACUUAAUGGCAUUUUGGCAGAUGAAAUGGGCCUAGGAAAAACCAUUCAAGCCAUUGCAUUCCUGGCAUACCUCUUUCAAGAGGGUAAUAAAGGGCCUCAUUUGAUUGUUGUUCCGGCCUCCACCAUAGAUAACUGGUUAAGAGAAGUUAACUUAUGGUGCCCCACUUUAAAUGUGCUCUGUUACUAUGGUUCUCAAGAAGAGCGUAAACAAAUUAGAUUCAACAUCCAUAAUAAAUAUGAAGAUUAUAAUGUAAUUGUUACAACGUAUAAUUGUGCAAUCAGCAGUUCUGAUGAUCGCAGUCUCUUUCGACGACUGAAACUGAAUUACGCAAUUUUUGAUGAAGGCCAUAUGCUGAAGAAUAUGGGUUCUAUCCGCUACCAGCACCUAAUGACAAUUAAUGCACAUAACCGAUUACUGCUCACGGGCACACCUGUGCAGAAUAAUCUGCUAGAACUCAUGUCAUUGUUAAAUUUUGUUAUGCCACACAUGUUUAGCAGUAGCACCAGUGAAAUACGACGGAUGUUUUCUUCUAAAACGAAACCCGCAGAUGAGCAGAGUAUAUAUGAAAAGGAGAGAAUAGCACAUGCAAAGCAAAUCAUAAAGCCCUUCAUUCUCAGAAGAGUGAAAGAGGAGGUUCUUAAGCUUCUGCCUCCCAAGAAGGAUCAGAUUGAGCUAUGUGCAAUGUCAGAGAAGCAGGAGCAACUCUACUCGGGCCUUUUCAACAGAUUGAAAAAGUCUAUCAACAACCUGGAAAAAAACACAGAGAUGUGCAAUGUCAUGAUGCAAUUGAGAAAAAUGGCCAAUCACCCUUUACUACACCGCCAGUAUUACACAGCUGAGAAGCUGAAGGAGAUGUCUCAGCUAAUGCUGAAGGAACCUACGCAUUGUGAGGCUAACCCUGAUCUGAUCUUUGAAGACAUGGAAGUUAUGACAGAUUUUGAACUACAUGUACUCUGUAAACAGUAUCAACACAUUAAUAGUUACCAGUUAGACAUGGACUUAAUUUUAGAUUCUGGGAAAUUCCGAGCUUUAGGAUGCAUCUUGUCUGAAUUGAAACAGAAGGGGGAUAGAGUUGUAUUGUUCAGCCAGUUUACCAUGAUGCUGGAUAUAUUAGAGGUUCUCUUAAAGCAUCAUCAACAUAGGUACCUCCGGUUAGAUGGAAAGACUCAGAUUUCUGAAAGGAUUCAUCUAAUUGAUGAGUUUAAUACAGAUAUGGAUAUCUUUGUAUUUCUCUUGUCAACUAAAGCUGGUGGAUUAGGAAUAAACCUGACUUCAGCAAAUGUUGUUAUACUUCAUGACAUUGAUUGCAAUCCAUACAAUGACAAACAAGCAGAAGACAGGUGCCACAGAGUUGGUCAGACUAAAGAAGUAUUAGUUAUUAAACUAAUAAGCCAAGGAACCAUUGAAGAGUCCAUGCUAAAAAUUAACCAACAAAAGUUGAAACUAGAGCAAGACAUGACCACAGUAGACGAAGCUGAUGAAGGAAGUAUGCCAGCAGAUAUAGCCACAUUACUAAAAACAUCGAUGGGCCUGUGAAAGGAAGGAGAGCUCGGAAUUCCUGAUUGAUGAGGAAAUACCAACUUGGUGCAUUCAAGGACAUUCACAUCACAGUGACCAUGGGGUUUAUGAGCAUUUGUAACUUUUUAUAAUUUCAUGUCGCAUUUCACAUAGUAUGGACAACUUUUUGCCACUAACUGGAUUCUCCAGAUACUCACACCCUGAAGAUGUUGAAUAAUCAUUUUUCAAAGCAGUUUUCUGAAUGGGGAUUAGUUGGUGAUUGUUUGUAACAAAUAUGCUAAUGCUUUAGAAAUGUCAGUAUUUUUGUAAUUAUUUCUACCUCCAAAUAUAUAUACAUAUAUAUAUAUAUAUUGUCUUUCACUGGAUAAUGUGUGUAGAUUUACAUGUGCCUUAUUUGACAAUGUUUAUGUCUUGUUUUGCCUGUCUGAUUUGAAGUUUUUAUUAUGUUAAAGAAUGCAGCUGUAUAGGUUGUUUAGUCUUCAUUGUGUUGCUUAUUUGAAGCAGAUGUUCACCAAUGUCAGUAAGAACUUAGUCUGAAUCAAAAGGUGGCAUUCCAUCUACUGACAUCCCCAGGUCCUCUUCCUCCUCCUAUUAGAACACAUUUAUUUUGGCUAGGCAUUAAGUUGUUUUCCAGUGAGUAGGAACUGAAGCCUUUCUCCUGCUCGGGUGCUCAGUUCCUUCUUUCAUAUUUUUACUCCACCUCUGGCUCAUUAACUCUGCCUACUCUUGUGUGUGUUACUAUCAGCUUCCUCUCCCGAUUUUGCUUCUCUUAACCGUUGCCCAGUCGCUUCUGCUCCAGUUUUCUCUCACACAUUUCCUUCUGCUGUAUCACGAAGAUCAGCAGAUGCUGGUGGUCCUUUCCUGUCCAGCAGAACAGAUUAACUUAAAGCUACUUCACUUCAAAGGAACCUGGAUGUGACUUCAUACUAAGGUAGCAUUAGGUACUGCAUGGAAAUAGGUCAGUAACUUUAAAUUCUUAACAAAAUAGAAUUUACCAGUUCCCAGGAUUUCCAAGACAGGACCACCUGAAGAGAAGCCAUUGUUCAAUUCCAGUUCAUUGUAAGUGACAAAAUGAAAUUUAGAAAGAAGUAAAAUUGUCUAUUUGAUAUUUCAGUCUUUAUUAACUUUUCAUUUAAAUUUUGCCUGUCAGUCUAUAUUGCUGUUUUUAUUAUACACCAGAUUCUUUGUAUAACUUGUGAGUUUUAUGUGCUUGUUUUAUAAUGUAAAUAUCAUUAUAAAUAAACUUAUUUAUAAAUGAAAGAGAUUUGUUCAUUAUUGGAGCUCAUACUUUUCAAGAUGUCCUGAGUGCUAAGGUGCUAGGUAAACUUAGAUGGCUGACAUGAUCCUACAGUGUGCUUUUUUCCAGGUAUCUGAGACUCUGAACUCCUGACUCAGUAGAUAUAAUAUUGAAGAUACAUGAAUAUAUCAGAUAUUUCUCCCCACUACAGGGCUACCAGGAAUCUGCAGGUGUUAAUGCUACCUCCUUGUGAUCACAGUCCCCAUGUCUCUUAGUCAAGUUGUUAGGAAGCGUACCUUUUAAACUCACAGUGAAUUUCUCUUAACUUUUCUGUAUGAAAUGUAUCUCCCUCAGUAGGCUCAUUGGUUGUGGUGUUGUUAUAUCUGAAUUUCUUCUAAUGAAAUGUAGUUGGAUUCUCCCUGUAAUAUUCUAUUAUUAUGUCUUGGGUUUAAUAAAAAUAUUUGUGAUCAUUAAGUUGUAUUCAUACCCUUUGUAAUGGGUUUUAGCCCUCUUUCUUUUCCCC